AUGAACGAUACUAUUAAUCAAAAUUUUUGUACCAGAUGUAAAACCUAUAAAAGUAAACUGGAGUUUGCCAAUUCAAAUUCUCAUACCUGUAAUAUAUGUCAAGCUCAAGCAAAAAGAUACAGAGAAAAUAAGAAACUAUUGAAUGAUGAGAAUGAAUUACUGAAUAAAAUAUUAGAGCCAAAUAAUCUUGCAGAUUAUAUUUACAAUCUUCUUGAAUUGCAUACAAAUUCAAUAACUGCUGAAAACAAUAAAGAAAAUAAUCAACUAGGUAUUCAUUAUUCAUGUGCUGUUGAUAUCUCUUCUUAUAAUGAAUCUUCAAAAGAAAUUGCUAAUAAUUUGAUAAACAUUGUUAGCGAUACUGAUGAAUACUCUUGGAUGUACAUAUAA